AUGUCGUCUCUGGAAGAGAGGAUUCUCACUCGACAAAAAUCAGAUGAUGGAGUACUCGAAACCCCCUUCAAACAUCAAACCCAUCCAAAACCUGGAGGUCCAUCACCAGAAGGUAACCAUCAUAUCUUGUCUAACCAAUUUUCGAAUACUCACAAACCUAAGUUAAAAUUUCCUAAAUUUGAUGGAAAUAACCCUAGAUCCUGGAUUCGUAAGUAUAAUAAGUUCUUUCAAUUAUAUUUAAUGGAUGAGGAUCAGAAGGUCAUGGUUGCUUAUAUUGAUUUAGAGGGUAAGGAAGAUGUAUGGUAUCAAGACUAUCAGGUGGGAAGGGAAGUAAUCUUACGGGAAGAUCUUUGCAGUAAUAUCAAUUUUAGGUUUCAAGAGCUUGGCCAUGAUGAUGUGGUAGGGGAAUUCAACAAGCUCUGUCAAGAAGGCACAAUAUUAGAGUACCAAGAGCUUUUUGAAGAGAUCAAGGCCUUAAUGAUUGCUAAGAAUAGAUAUCCAAAUGAAGCUUACUUUACUUCUAGCUUUGUCACUGGACUCAAGAAACAAAUUAGAAUGGAAAUCCAAAUGCAUUCUUCCUCAACACUCAAUCAGGCUAUGUACUUAGCAAGGAUGCAUGAGGCUGUGUUGGAGAAGGCAGCCAGGAAGGCCAAAUUUGUUUCAAGACUACCUCCACUCUCAAUGGGAAGUAGCAUCUCUAAAAUCUUUGUAACUCCACCAAAGUCCAACUCACCAUCUCCCACCAGUAGUGGCAGCCUGAAACUACCUCCCAUCAAGAAAUUAACUUAUGCUCAGAUGAGGGCAAGGAGGAAGAAGGGGUUGUGCUAUAAUUGUAAUGAAAAGUAUGAGAUGGGUCACAUGUGCAUUAAACAACAGUUAUACAUGUUGGUUGGUGAUGAGGAAGAAUCAUCUACUUUUGAAGAAGAAUCUCCUGGUAGUUCCCCAGUCAUACAAGAGCUAGAAGAAGAAGUGGAAAUCUCUCUACAUGCCUUAUCCGGUAAUGUUUCUCACAACACUAUUAAGAUUAAGGUUAUUACUAAGAAUAAAAAGGCAUUCACUGUCUUGAUUGACAGUGACAACACACAUAGUUUCAUUGACCCUGAGAUGGCCAGGCUCAGUGGUGUACUGAUAGAGCCCACUGCUGCUUUACAUGUAGCUGUGGCAGAUGGUAACAAGGUGCUUAGUGAUGCCAGAUGUCCUCAAUUUAGCUGGAACAUGCAAGGGUGUAAUUUUUCUUUUGAUUUCAGAGUCUUAGACUUGGGUGGGUGUGACAUGGUGUUAGGAGUGGAUUGGAUGAGAACUAUAAGUCCUGUGAAGUUUGAUUUCAAGAUGAUGACAGUGUCUUUCAUUCAAGAUAGUAAGGAAAUUGAGCUUAAAGGGAUUACUGAAGACAUCAGAAUCUCAUCCAUUUCAGUGGGAUCUUGCCAGAAGUACCUCAAGAAGAAUAAAAAUGAUAUGGCAUGCCAUAUGUUUUGCAUCACAGCCAUUAAACCCAACCCUCAAACACCCAAAAUACUAGAACCCAUACUCACCAAAUACUCCUCAAUAUUCAAAGAGACAACCUCAUUACCAUCAGAAAUAUCUCAUGACCGUUAUAUACCUCUGCAACCAAACUCUGCUCCACCUAAACAAAGGCCUUACAGAAUUCCAUAUGUCCAAAAAGAAGUAGUUGAGAAACUAGUUGAAGAAAUGCUCAAGUCAGGAGUGAUCAAACCCAGUCACAUCCUUUUUUCUUCCCCAGUUCUACUAGUUAAGAAGAAGGAUGGGAGAUGGAGGUUUUGUGUUGACUAUAGGAAGGUUAAUGAUAUUAUUGUUAAGGAAAAAUACCCAAUCCCAGUCAUUGAAGAACUAUUAGAUGAACUAAAAGGGUCAUUUGUCUUCUCCAAGAUUGACUUGAGAGCAGGGUACCACCAGAUUAGGGUGUCACCUGGAGAUACUCAGAAGACUGCCUUCAAGACACACCAAGGGCACUAUGAAUUUCUAGUUAUGCCUUUUGGCUUAACUAAUUCCCCAGCUAGCUUCCAAGCCUUGAUGAAUGAUGUGUUUAAGCCCUAUAUGAGGAAGUUCAUAUUAAUGUUUUUUGAUGAUAUAUUGGUCUACAUCCCAAACAUGGAGUCACAUAUAGAACAUCUACAACUUACUCUAGAGACUCUCCAAAAGAACCAGCUAUAUGCAAAGCUCAGCAAGUGUACAUUUGGCCAGGAUAAGUUAGAGUAUCUGGGACAUAUCAUCUCUGGUGAGGGAGUAGCUGCUAGGCCUGUCAAUAUUUGCCUAGUAGCUGUUGAUCCCCUCAAGAUAGACAACAUGACAAGAUCGCCCACUCCUACAACCAUCAAAGACUUGAGAGGAUUUUUAGGUCUAACGGGGUACUAUAGAAAAUUUAUUAAGAAUUAUGGUCUCAUUGAAAAGCCAUUAACAAACCUUUUAAAAAAGAACAACUUUCAUUGGAACAUCUCAGCUCAAGUUGCUUUUGAAGAAUUGAAGAAGGCUGUCACCUCUGCACCAGUCUUAGUGUUACCAGACUUCAGCAAACCUUUUGAGAUCUCAACUGAUGCUUGUGACACUGGAGUUGAAGCAGUACUGAUGGAAGAGGGAAGACCUAUAUCAUACUUCAGCAAGGGAAUGGGACCCAUAUUCUUGGUUAUGUCCACAUAUGAAAAUGAAUUGAUGGUAGUGGUGAUGGCUGUAACUAAGUGGAGAUCUUACUUACUUGGAAACAAAUUCACAAUCUUCACAGACCACCAAAGUAUUAAAUACUUCAUGGAACAAAGGAUUCAAUCACUACUACAACAAAAAUGGUUAGCCAAAUUGUUGGGGUAUGAUUAUGAAUUGAAAUAUAAGAAGGGGUCUGAGAACCAAGUAGCUGAUGCCUUAUCCAGAGUUCACUUGGAAGAGCAACCUUCAUGCCAGAGUUUAAUUCAAUUGCAACCUGAGUGGUUCUCAGAAGUUCAUGACAGUUAUAAAGAAGAUACUCAUGCAAAAGAAUUAAUCCCUAAACUAACUGUACAAGAGGGGGCAGUAGAAAUUUAUUCUUAUCAACAAGGGGUAUUGAGGUACAAGGGAAGGCUCUAUAUUUGGCAACAUGGAGGAUUAAGGCAUAAAGUCAUUCUCUCCACUCAUUCUUCACCCAUUCAUUGGAGGGAACUCUGGAGCACAAGCCACUUAACAGAGGGCCAAGUUAUACUUUUUUUGGAUAGGAAUACACAAUGA